AUGUUAAAAAGAAUUAAUAAUUCUAAAUUGACAAUAGGAUUCAAAUAAAUAGCUUCUAUCAUCAGCCAUUCAACCAAUUUUCAAUCAUAUAUUCCAGAUGACUCUGAUAAACUUAAUGAUUCCUCACUAUCUUUAAGUGCUUAUGAACCAAGUCAAGUCGAAAUUAUUGAAUAAGGUGAUUAAAUUGAUGAUUUACCUCCUGCAUAAAAAAGUCGUAUAUAGUAGUAAGCAGAUCUUUAUCUAAAUUAAAUCAAGAAUUAUUUUGGUUCUCAAAAAUUACCACUCAUCAAAUUAGAUAGAAAAGGAUUACUAUAAAAAUAUCAAUGUGUAACUAACCUAACUGAUUCACUUUUAACUUAUUAUUCAAAUCUAGAAAAGAGUUUUGAACUUUAAAAUUAAGCUUCACUAUUAAGUAAAUUAGCCAAAAAAGAGUCCUUAUCUAUUCUAGAUCAAGUUGAUUUAUCAAAACAACACAAAAUCUUAUUUUAAGAAUUGAAUAAUGAUUAAUAAUUAUUAAUCAAUUCCUUUAUUUAAAUUCAAGGAAGAAAUAUUCUAGUACCUCAUUGGAAUAAUAUUAAAUAAUAAGUAAAAUAACUUAAUUAAAUAUUUUAAUAAUAAAGAUAUCAAAUUCUAAAAGUAACUUAACCUUAAAUUUAAUCAAUUUAAAAAACUUAUCUUGAUGAAUAUAAAAAUAUAAAGAAAUUAAAAAAUUAAACCUAAUCAUAAUAUGAUGAAGUAUUUCGCAAAAAUUAAAAUUAUGAAGGAUAAAAACAACUUUUAGAAAAAGAUUUAGAAUCAAAUAAUAAUCAAUAUAGAGAGUUAAAAAAAAAUAAGUCAAAUCCAGAAAAACUAAUAAAAAUGGAAAUGUCCAUCAAGUUAUCAACAUAAUAAUUAUCUACAAUAUAGCAUAAAUUGCAGAGUUCAAAGUAUGAACUAAAAGAAUUAUAAGUGGCUAUUACUAAAACUAAUUAAUAAUUAAAUGAAUUUAAAGAUAAUUGGGAUAGAUAAUUUAUUGUGAUGUAUUAAACAGUUAUUAGAUCUCUCUUACAAACACAUUAUGAUAAUUAUGAAUAAUAUUUGAAGUCCUUUAAAAUUAUACUUAAAUUUUAGAAUCCAUUAAUUGAUACAAACUUGAAUUAGAGUUAAGCCAAUACUCCUACUUAAUUAAUAUAUAGAUAAUCACGCACUAUUUCAUUAGAUGAAAUGGACCCUCCAAGAUUAAUGAGGAAUGAGAAAGAAGAAUUAUAGGAUUUAAUAAAAAAAUUUAAAUUUUAUGAAGAUUAAAUUCACUAAUUCGAAAAAUAUGAUGGAGAAUGUUUGGACUUCUUUGUUGAAAUAGGAGAAGUAAUAAAAAAAAUAACAUAAGAUGAUAUAAAAGUACACUUAGUUUAACUAAAAGAUAUUUGGAUAACUGAUUUAUUUUCUAAGAGUUUUCCAAAAGAUAAAGUCUUUUAUUAAAAUCUUUUCGCUUAAAUUAAAUUAAUUACUAAUAAUUUUGUUGAAGAUAGAACUAAAUUAUAUAAAGAAUACAAGGAAACUUAAGUAUCUGUUAAAGAGAGAAUUAAUAAUAUAACGUAUUUAUUCAAUUGCAUUUUGAAGGAUUCCGAAAAAUUUAAUCCUGUAAAAGUCGAUGGAUUUACAGAUUAUCAAAGGAUGAAGUAGUAAUUUAAAUAAAAUUAUAAUCAAUAUCAAUAGGAAGCAGAAUAAUUAAAAAAAAAACUAAGUUCAUAUGAAAUUAAAUAUAAACACUAUAUUGAUUAGCAUUUUGAAAUAAUUUCUAAGACUAAAUUGCAAUUUAUUUUAUCGUUCGCUACUCUUUCAAAAAGCAUAGCUAAUCAUACUAUGAAAAUGAUUGAUGAAUGUAAUAAAUAUAAAAAAUAUUCUUAGUUGAUCAAAUAUAUCAAUAAUAGGAUUAAAUAGUUAAAAGUCUACUGGAUAACUAAAAUAAUAUAUAGUUCACUCCUAAAGAUAUCUAAAUCAAUUAAACUUAAGGAUUACUCUAAAAUAAUACAAUAACUAUUCCUAAAACUAGUUCAAGAUCUAAUAGCUAAUUAACAAAGCAACCUAAUGAUACAGUUAAUUCAUUGAAAGAGACAUUUGUACUAAAAUAAUUAAUAAGAGUAUUAUUUUUGUAAUGGACUAAAUCAAUCUAUUUUAGAUAGAAAUUCAUGACUGAAUUAUACAGAUCUUUAAAUAAGAAACGACCUUCUUAAUUAGAUGAGAUUUAUGUAACUUUUAUUGAUAUAGGAGGAGAACCACCAGAGGUAUUACAAUUUAUUCCAUAAAAAAAUACUGACUCUUGUAUAUUUGAUUUAGAAUUGUCAUUUAGAGGUUUUUUUUAUAUGGAAUUGGAAACCUUUGUUACUAUCAGUUGGGCUAAAAAGCAUUUACCUGUUAAUAUUAAAGUUAAAAUAACAUCUUUAAAUGGGCGAUUAAGGCUUUGUUAUACACCAAAUUUUAUUGGUCGAAGUUGGGUUUCAUUUGUAGGAGAACCUUCUAUGAAUAUUAGCAUUGAACCUACAAUUUCUAAAUUUAAUAUUUCUGUUGCAAAUGACAUUAUAAAAGAAUUUCUUAUCUAUAAAAUCAAGAUGUUGACCUAUCCAAAUAGAGAAACAAUCACUGUACCUUUAGCUGAAUUUGAAACUGAAAUACCACAAAGUGCUCUUGAUAAAAUCAAAUAGUUUGUUGAUAAAAUGAAAAGUUGA